CGUACAACUACGGCAAAACGCCUAUUUCAGUGUGUGGAAGUGAUGCUGCACAUAUAGGCACACUGUCCACCUGCUUCGUUGCAUUGACAGCCCAUGAGCAUUUCUCAGAAUAGACGAUUUGCUCUCUAUCACUCUGCCAAACCACGGGAUGACAUUAAAAUGACGUGUCCGGGGAUGUUUUAAAUGAUUUACAAGUUCUGUCGGUGUUAAUUAAAGGCACAGAGAGAAAGAAAACAACUUAACCAAACAAUUCACGUACAUGCGAGGAGCACUCUCGCGUUUUCCCGUGCUGACUGUAUGAAUGCACUGAAAUAAGAAGUACAAACCCAAUUGGAGCAGCACCAUCUCUCCGCGCGCGUGGGAUUCAAGCAGUAUCCAGGCGCGAGACAUCUGAGGAAUUACAUCGUCUCUUCUAAAAGUCAUUCACAAAUGUUUUUCGCUGUUCGUGCUCGGACCUUGGACUUUUUCAUGGACAUGGAUCGUUUUCUCUAGUUGGAUACCGACUGGUCACUACGUGAAGCUGUUUGAUUCUGGGAUUUUCUUCAGUCUGCUUCACGGCACUUCAUCUCCUCCAGCAGUGAUGCCGCUACGUGACGGGAAUUGAGAGUUUCCAUAUUCUCUGAGAAAUCCGAGCAGAUCUUUGAAGAAAGUACAGCACCUACUCUGAGUAUGGACUUGGCAAGUGAGGCCCAUGUUCUGGUGGUUUUAUUCACCUGCUUGUUCUUGAUGUGCCGGGCUCAAGAAAAGGACUACACCGUAAAAGAGGAGCAGCCGGAGAAUGUGCGCAUCGGAAACCUGCGCAAAGACCUAAACUUGAAUCUGGAUCCAGACAUUAAACUGUCUUCUGCGCUGCAGUUUAAACCUGUCUACAAGACAGGUGAUGUGCCUUUAGUCAAGGUAGAAGCCAGCACAGGAGAAAUUCUCACCACAGCCAACCGCAUCGACCGCGAGAAACUCUGUUCUGGAGUCUUCAAUGAGAAGCGCUGCUAUUAUGAGAUUGAGGUUGCUGUACUACCUGAUGAGAUUUUCCGACUGGUCAAGAUCCGCUUCCUCAUCGAAGACAUCAACGACAAUGCCCCGCUCUUUCAGUCGACAGUUAUCAACAUCUCCAUUCCAGAAAACACAGCCAUCAACAGCCGCUACCCAGUCCCUUCCGCAUUUGACCCUGAUGUAGGAAUCAAUGGGAUUCAGCACUACGAGCUUGUCAAGAGUGUGAGUGAAUUUGGCUUGGACAUCAUCGAGACACCUGAAGGAGACAAAUGGCCCCAACUCAUAGUCCAGCAGAGCCUUGAUCGAGAGACGAAGGACACCUUUGUGAUGAAAAUUAAAGUGGAAGAUGGUGGCAACCCUCCAAAGUCCAGCACAGCCAUUCUUCAAGUGACCGUCUCAGAUGUGAAUGACAAUCGGCCGGUGUUCAAGGACAGCGAGGUGGAGGUAAACGUUCCAGAGAAUGCCCCAAUGGGAACGUCUGUCACUCACCUCCAUGCCACAGAUGCUGAUCUGGGAUCCAAUGCUCAAAUUCACUUCUCCUUCAGCAACCAAAUAUCCCCUGCCACCAAACGACAUUUUGCUAUUGACAGCACAACUGGACUGAUUACCGUCAAGCAGCCGCUGGACAGGGAAGUCAACCCAGUGCACAAGCUUAUAGUUCUAGCUAGUGAUGGAAGCUCUACACCUUCAAGGGCUACAGUGAUAGUCAACGUGACAGACAUUAAUGACAACGUUCCCUCUAUAGAUACCCGUUAUAUAAUGAAUCUUGUAAAUGGCACUGUGCUGCUGUCUGAAAAUGCCCCUCUUAACACAAAAAUAGCCCUAAUUACUGUGACAGACAGAGAUUCAGAUCUGAAUGGUAAAGUGACAUGUUACACUGAUCAUGAUGUACCUUUUAGAUUGAAGCCGGUCUUCAAUGAUCAGUUUUUACUUGAAACUGCUGCACCCUUAGAUUAUGAGACCACUCGAGAGUAUGCAAUUCGGAUAGUUGCAUCUGACUCUGGGAAACCUCCUUUAAACACUUCUGCUAUGGUGCUGAUUAAAAUCAAGGAUGAAAAUGACAAUGUUCCUGUUUUUCCUCAGCCUGAAAUCCAGCUGUCCAUCCCGGAAAACAAUGACCCUGGCACACAAUUGAUAAAAAUCAGUGCAACAGAUGCUGAUAGUGGUUCUAAUGCUCUUAUCAUUUAUAGUCUUGGCCCAGAUGCUCCUGAUGGGUUUAACAUAGAUUCUCGAUCUGGAAUUCUUUCUGUUGUCAAAAGGCUAGAUAGAGAGAAGCAGGAGAAGUAUUCAUUCACAGUCAUUGCAAGGGAUAACGGUACCAUUUCUCUUCAAAGCAACGUCACUGUAAAGCUAAUAGUCCAAGACCAAAAUGAUAACAGUCCAGCCUUUACCCAUCCUGAGUACAACUUCUAUGUGCCUGAGAACCUUCCUUUGUAUGGGACAGUGGGUUUGAUCACUGUCACAGAUGCAGAUGCUGGCGACAAUGCAGUCGUCACCCUCUCGAUCAUUAAUGGGAAGGACAAUUUCAUAAUUGACCCCAAAACUGGGGUGAUCAAACCAAACAUUACCUUUGACAGGGAGCAACAGAGCUCCUACACAUUUGUUGUCAAGGCUGUGGAUGCAGGUCUAAUGCAAACCACCUCAUAUGCCAAGGUCACCAUAAAUGUGGUUGAUGUGAAUGACAAUCGACCAGUGUUUGUCAUCCCCUCCUCAAACUACUCCUAUGAUCUAGUACCUUUAAACACCAGCCCUGGAUCUGUGGUGACCAGAGUGUUUGCCAUAGAUAAUGAUACUGGGAUGAAUGCUGAGCUCCAGUAUAGUAUUAUUGGAGGGUCACAGAGAGGACUGUUUACCAUUGACAAAAUGACAGGCAACAUUACUCUGCAGGAGAAGAUUGUAGCAACAGACCAAGGUCUCCAUAGACUGGUUGUGAAGGUCAAGGACUUGGGGCAGCCAGAGUCCUUACAUGCAAUUGCCCUUGUCCAUUUGUUUGUGAAUGAUACAGUCUCUAAUGCCACGCUCAUUCAGGAGCAACUACGCAAAAGUUUAGAGACUCCUUUGGAGCGGAACAUUGGGGACAAUGAUGUGACACCCCAGACUAAUGGCUAUGUAAUUGUCGUUAUUGCCAUAAUUGCUGGAACUAUGACUGUUAUCCUGGUAAUCUUUGUCACUGCUUUGGUACGCUGUCGACAGACACCAAGACACAAAGUUGUUCAGAAGAGCAAGCAAAGUGGGGAGUGGGUUUCACCCAACCAGGAUGGUCGGCAGAUUAAAAAGAAAAAGAAGAAGAAGAAGAGGUCACCAAAAAGUUUACUGUUGAAUUUUGUUACCAUUGAGGAAACCAAGUCUGAUGACCCUACUCAUGAACACGUCAAUGGCACCUUAGACCUACCUGUUGAACUUGAAGAGCAGACAAUGGGAAAGUACAACUGGGCUACCACACCAACUACCUUCAAACCUGACAGUCCUGACUUAGCCAAGCACUACAAAUCCGCUUCCCCUCAGCCAACAUUCCAGAUCAAACCAGAGACCCCUGUGGCUCCCAAGAAGCAUCAUGUCAUUCAGGAACUCCCACUGGACAACACAUUCGUGGUGGGCUGUGACUCACUUUCCAAAUGUUCCUCCAGCAGCUCCGACCCCUACAGCGUUUCAGAGUGCAGCUGUCAAGGGGGCUUCAAGGCACCUGGACAAAUCCACACCAGACAGAACCAGACCCCGGAUAAAGCAUUCCCUGUUGUCCCAACCAUGUGCCCUCACAAGCAGACACAGCGGCGCGUGACCUUCCACCUGCCGGACGGUUCUCAGGAGAGCUGCAGUGACAGUGGGCUUGGAGAGCCGGAGCCCAGCAGCGCUGCCAGCAUCACCCAGCCUCUGCCCCUGGGCUUCCCUCAGGACGAGUACUAUGAACAGACCUCACCCAACAGCCGAACCGAGGGUGACGGCAACUCUGACCCCGAGUCCACUAUUGAAGUGAACCUGCAGAAGGCUCUCGCCGAGGCCUCGGAGACCUGUACCCAGGAAUGUCUGAUCCUGGGUCAUUCUGACAGCUGCUGGAUGCCGCCAGCGCUGACCCAAUUCCAGACGUCCAGCGCCACCACUCUGCCCUCCUUUGGUUUUCAGCAAAGCUGGGCACGGGGGAUCAAGCCAGACGGGCGUCACACCCUCGGCAGGUCGGUGCCCAAAGAUGAUCUGGACAAAGGGAGCAACCGGCCCCAAUUCUACAACACACUUGAGAGACACUGCAGCAAGAAAGAGGAUCCUGUCAAGGUCAUCCCUCUAGCCAGCUUUUCUGCCACAUCCAGCCCCCAGAUGUCGUCGAGCGGAGGAGCCUUUCUGCACGAGCAUCAGCUGUAGGAGCGAGGGUAGGCCUCGGAGAACGGCAUAAUGAGAGUGAUAUGAAAUGAAAAGCUGAUGAUUAUUAGCAUUUGUCAAACGGGAUGUUUUUAAACACAGCAGAAGUACAGUAAUGAAGGACAGUAGCUUUUGAAAUCCUUUAAGAAACUGAAACUUGUACAGUAGACAAUGGUAGAUAUAGACCAAAGUAGCUUCUCAAAAAAAAAAAAAAAAAAGAAAGUGACAAAAAAAAAAGCGGUGUAUAAUGUGUCUUAGUGACAGAUUAGUGGCAAAUGAAUUUAGCUUUACUCUUGAUCAAAAGGGACAAGAUUUUUAUUCAUUCUUUUGUGCGCCUUUUGAAUGCAACUUGACAUACAGUAGUAAAAUACUUAUAAGUGUGUGCUGCUGGAAGAACUCAUUGCAUAUGUUUACAUGCACAGCAAUAUUCCAAGUAAUUAUGAAACUGCAAGGAAAAAACACCAACAACUCAUGUAAGUGCCAUGCUCUUGUUAUUUAAAGAACAUAUUCCACACAUUAUCCGGUCUCACUUUAAAUCCUCAUGCAUGCACGUCUGCAUUUCAGCAGUUAGCGGUCUUCGCAAGUUUAAUUGGUGCUCACUAACAGCAAAGUUUCUCCUUUUUUCCCUUUCUUCUUCUUCUUCGUGAACACACACACUCACUCGUAAACAAAACAAUAAAAAUUAGCCUCCGAGUCAAGAACCGCAUUUGGAAUAUUAUGACGCAUGUAAGCAUAGUCAAUAAGGUUAAGUGUAAUGUGUGAGCGCUGGGUGACUGCAGUAUUUCUUUCAGCUUCGUUGAGGUGCGUCGUUUCCGCCUGAGUCAGUUUAAUUCUGCUAAAGAGACCUAGUUCCGUGCCCCUGAAUGUGCUGCUUACUCUGUCAAGACUACAGAUACAGCUAAGCCUCUCUGCAAAAAUUAGCCUUGCUCUGUGUUAACACGUAGAAACUUUUUAUAUAUUAGGAUGAAUUUUUUUUUCUCCUCGUAAACUUUGACGUUAACUCUCUUCUCCCUGGUGAGCUUAGAAUCUUCCUCUGAUGUUCAGCGUGUUGGUAGUUUCCAUGCAUCUGACACCCCUUUACUCCCAUUAUAAAAAAGCCGGCUUAUUUUCAGCAUUAUCUCAUUAGCUGAGGCGCAGACAUGGCUAAAAAGACAUGCUUUGUUUUUUCACACUAAUACAUCAAGUUUUCCUUUUGAUAUAUACAACAUAUACACCAUAAUAAGUGCUAUGGAACCAAUUACAAGAAUCUCCCAAUAGUAUAAUUACUUUGAUCAGUAAUCACCGUAACUGUUAAAGAAGCAGAGUGCUGCUCUAUAAUAGUAUAAUUGGCUACCUUUUGUAUGUGUGUGCGUGUGUGCGUGCGCUUGCUACCUAAAUGGUGCACACUUCUUUUUAAACUCACUUAAAAAAAAUUUAAACAAGCAGAUUUGUGAGAUUUAUAUAUAAUGAUGUCAAAGAAACAGCCUUAAGAUGUAGAUGUGUAUUGUAUGGAUGUAAUGACUGCUAAUUGAAGUAGAAGUUUGCUUACAAUCGUGUCACAUUUCCGUUCGAUAUAAAUUCAAACAGAGACAUCAAGUAAUCUCACAAAGAGGCUGUGCGGGUUGAGAAAUCAGCACAAACUUAAUCACCGACGCUUCUCCUUAGGAUAUAUACUGAUGACACAGAAAUAUUUGGGUCAGUGAUCCAAAAAAUUACUUCACUAUAAAAUAGUGUACGUGCCAGCAACACGAAAUGUGUCACAGUAAGACGUGUUGGAGUGUGUUGCUCUUUGAUGCGAGAGAACUGACAAUCACUCUGGCAGCUGUUCCCUCAACAACAGUAAAAAAUCUGUCGAACACUCUUGAUUAAGAGGAAUAAUUGCAGUGUGGGACUCUAUCAGUGAAAAGAAGCUGUGGCCUGGUCUUACACUCAUGUUCUUGCAAGUCUGCUAGCUGUGACAUUAUCGUUGGGACCAGAAUGAGGACGGCGACUCGGCUCACACUCUUCUAAUCCAUACAAUAGAUCGGAAACGCUCAGAAGACAAGGUCUGGAAUACAAAUUGUAUUGCAUAAUACUGCUUGAAAUCUGUAAAAAUCUACUUCAAAGAUUUUCAUACGAUUUUUAGAUGUUUAGAGCAUCCAAAUAAUUAAAAAAAUGGCUUUUUUUUAAAAAGGAGAGCUUCACAUUUACAACACUUGUGAAACAUACAGUACAGAUGAAGGCAAAAGUAUUCAUAAAAAAAUAUUCAUUUUUCAAAGUGAUGUUUAACAGAACAAGGACAUUUUCACUGUGUUUUCGAUAUUACAUAUUUUUUUAAUUGUGGAGAAAGUGUUAUACUUUUUAGUUUGGAUGGAAUUAAAGCUGGUUUUACCUUUUUAAUGUAAAUAUUAUAGUUAUUCUAAUUAACCUAGUCACUGAAUGCAUUUAAAUUACACUUUAAGCUAAAUAUCAGUGGUUAGAACUGUCCCAGCUGGGCCAGUUGGCAUUUCUGUGUAUAGUUUGUAUGUUCUGCUGUGUUUGUGUGGGUUUUCUCAUGGUGUUCCAGUUUCUCCAACACUCCAAAGACAUGCUGUAUACAUUACGGGUCAAAAGUUUGGGUUUUUUUU